AUGGUUCUUCCGAGUAGUGAUUCUACUGAUAUGGCUAGCAUAUUUAACUCCAUAGUUAGAUCUGCUUACGAGUUUGAAGAGUAUUGUCUAGAGCAGGAGCAAUCUUACGUGGUGAACAUUGUACGCAUCCUUUUAGAAAAUAUAGGUGCCACUAUAAAUUACUGUAUUCUAGAAAUACUCAACAUAUUAUUUUGGGCUGCCUACACAUUGAAAGCACUUUGUCACGAUAUCAUUAUGAUGGUUCCUCACACCGUUAGGAAUCCCCUUUCAGCUCCGUAUACUACGUCUAGUAAUCCUAAAGCAAUUACUACGAAUAUCCUAUCUCCAGCUUCAAGUAAUUCUGUUCUUAAUUCGGGGAAUACAAUCUGUUCUAUUCUUGAUAACAACAAGUGCGUACAAGAAUUAAAGUCCAUUCCUACCAAUUGCUACUUGUACCAAAUUUUACCAACAGCAAUUCGUGGUGGCUCUAAUGAAGUCAUGGGAAAAAUUAAUUACAUCAUGGCAAGAGUAGUUAUACCUACCACAGGAUUUAUUUACCCUAUCACUCAUGUGCAGCCAAAAUUUAAUCCGAUAGCGUCCAUGAUUGACACUAUUUUAGAAAAACUAUCUCCUACUACAAAAAUGAUGAUCUGCUCUGUCGAACCGCAACCUAUGACUAAGGCUCAGAUGAUGAUGGAUUUGUUAAAACGUGUAGCACAGUUUAAGAAACCCACAGUUUCUUACACAUUAAAUGCGACAGUACAGUGUGUCUACUCCAAGGAAGGAAGACAAAAUUUAGUCAGCAUAAUUUAUACAGCAGAACCUACUCAGAAUGAACCCAUUCAAGAAGAACUGGUUCAGACACAGCCAGCUGUAGAAACGCUAGCUCAAGCACAACCGGCUCAAGCGCAACCAGCUCAAGAAGUGCAAUCAACUCAAGGGGAGACAGCUCAAGUGCAACCAACUCAAGAGCCAGUUCAAGCACAGCCAACUCAAGUACAACCAGCAACACAGCCAGCUCAGGUACAGCCAGCUCAAGCUGAGUCAGCCCAUAGAGAACUUAAGCAAGUAAUAUUCCAACAACCUCAAUCUAGUGCAGGGGAACCAAGUCAUAUAAGAAUUACACAAGGUACUCAAACGCAAUUUACCCAACCUCGAUCGACUCAAAAUCAGUCAACUGGAAGUCCAGUUAUUAGAGAUCAAGCUAUUAGAGAUCGAAUAACUGGAAUUAAAUUUAAUAGAACUCAAACUACCAGAAACCAAGCUGCUAUAGAACGAUUUUCUAGAGACCGAGCUACAAGAGAUCAAACUACUAGAAACCAACCUACUAGAAGCCAAACUACAAGAGAUCAAGCUACUGUAGAUGAACCCACUAGAGAUCAGACUACAAGAGACCAAACUACAAGAGAUGGAACUACAAUGGAUCAAGGUAAUAUAGAUGGAGUCACUAGAGAUCAAACAGCAAGAACUCAAGCUACAAGAAGUCAAGCCACGAGAGAUGAAGCUGCUAGAGAUCAAGCAACUAGAGAUCAAGCCAUCAGAGAUCAAGCCAUCAGAGAUCAAGCUAUCAGAGAUCAAGCCAUCAGAGAGCAAGCCAUCAGAGAUCAAGCUACUAGAGAUAAAGCCACUAGGGAGCAAGCUACUAGAGAUCAAGCCGCUAGAGAUCAAGCCGCUAGAGAUCAAGCCGCUAGAGAUAAAGCCACAAGAGAGCAAGCUACUAGAGAUCAAGCCGCUAGAGAUAGGGCCAUUAGAGAUCAAGCUGCAAGAGAUCAAGCUGCAAGAGAGCGAAUUUUAAGAGAUCAAACUGCAAGAGAGCAGAUUUCAAGAGGCCAAACUACUAGAGAUCAAACUACUAGAGAUCAAACUACAAGAGGUCAAACUACUAGAGAUCAGGUUACGAGGGAUCGAAGCACAAGAGAUCAAACUACUAGAAACCAACCUCUUGGAGAUCAAGCUACUAAUAGAGAUCGAACUACCCAACGACAGCCUACCAGGAGCAAACCUGUCCUACAUCCAGUGUUCCCAGUAACACAAGAGCAGUAUGAUGCAGCUCUAGAGUUUGAGAAGGAAGCAGAUUAUUCAAGAUCUGACCCAGUAGUGUUUAGGGAUACUGAAGAGGACUUACUAACAGAACCUGAUAAGUAUGGAAAAGCAGAAAAGUUACUGAGGAAUGCUCUUAAAGAGGCUGAAAAAAUCAUAGACACCAAUUUGGAUACCCGAUUCCCCACAGAACAAGUUCUGGACGAGCGCUACGAAACAAUCAGUUUAGAAGAACUAUACAGAAAAAAGCAACUUGCUGAAGAAGCUGCAUCAGUUUGGAAGGAACCUCCACCAUUUGUUCCGUUAGACGUGGACAGAUAUGAGAUUCCAGAAAUAAAGCGAGCGCGUAUAGCUGUUAUGAAUAUCAGUGUUGUUAUUCCAGAAUUUCUUAAAGAUGGCUUUUGA